GGAGGAUACAGCUAUACAUUCACAUUAACUCUGUCUAGUGAAGUAGUGGUAAUAUAAGAUAUCUAAAGGGCCUUCCAGUCCAUCUUCUGACCAGUUCUACUCUAUCCGGAAUAGAUGCGGUAAGAACAUGUAGACACGGAUAUAGGGCAUAUACUUAUUGAUAUGAGCUUGGCAUCGAGCUAGGUUAGAAUGGGACAACACAUGGCAAAACGAAAGGUUGAGGAAGGGAUCAAACUUUACGCGGCACAGAAUCACGACAAAGCCAUUGAGAAGUGGGAACAGGCGCUCAGGAAAAUCAGAGGACCUCAUGAUAGAUUUGCUAUCCUCGGCUAUCUCGCUUCUGCCCAUUUUGAUCGUGGAAAAUAUCGGGAGAUGUUGACAUUCGCGAUUGAGCAGAUUGACCUUGCAAAUGAAACAGAAAAUGACGUUCUUAAGGCAGAGGCAUAUCUUAACCUCGCACGUGGAAAUAACCAUCUUUGUGAAUACCAGAAGGCAAUCAGCUAUAGUGUGCACUGUCUUGAGAAUGAAACAAAUGAUGGGCGCAUACAGGCCUAUGCAUAUCUUAAUUUGGCCAAUGCCCAAUCUGGGUUCGGAAACUUCAGCAAAGCUCUGAAGUAUUACCACGAGGCAAUGACGAGAAGCAAAGCUGUGAAAGAUUCUACCCUCCAGCUCCAGAUUUACAGCGCUAUGGGUAGGCUUUAUACAGCAUUAAAAGAUUACGAAACAAGUUUGAACCAUUUUUUGAAGGCAGCGGAGCUCUCAAAAAGUUCCAAUUCUGAAGAUGUUAACUCUAAAUAUCAGAGGGAGACUUGUCUAAAUUUCGCUAGGCCCUACCAGAAGCUGGGACGUUAUGAGGAGGCCAUGGAAGCGUGUGAGGAAGGUCUAAAGAAGGCAUUAUCAUGUCAUGAUAGAGCCACACAGGCAGAGUGUUUGUGCAGUUUCGCAGAUAUUCAUCGCCACAGGGGAGACUUUGAGAGAUGUUAUCCAAGAUAUGAGGCUGCGUUGAGCCUAAUGAUGGAAGUGGGCAACAAAGAGGGGCAAGCAGUGUGUCUGCUAGGCAUGGCUAAGGCCCUGGUGGCGUCCAAGAACAUCACCAAGGUAUGCGAGUGUAAGGCGCUGGAAAUCAACGCCCGUGCUGUAGACAUAGCUGAGGGCAUCGGGAACAAAUUGCAAAUCUUGCGAUGUCGUAUGCACAUGGAAGAACUAUACCGGACCCUGGGAGAUCUGGAGCUAGUUGCUGAGCAGCUGAGUAUCUGCAAUGAUUUGCUGGAGGAUAUGGGACUCUUCUGCGGGGUGUGCAACCAAGUUAUGGGUGAUAAUCCCGACAAACUUGGCUUUCUUCCAUGCUUCCACUUAUUCCACUCCAGGUGUAUGGUACAUAUACUAACAGAUGGGAGUUCAGGUGGUUCCCUGGACAGUGGAGGGAAAUGGCCCAGUUGUCCCACGUGCGCGUCACUACCUACUGAUCUUCCCAUCAGUCCUACAGCACACAUACCCAAACUCACGUUGGUCAAGAACCCAAAGUUUACAAAAACAGGGGGUCAAAUGGCCAAUCAUGUUCAUGGGAAUCAUGCAGCUCAUCAUAACCCGUCAGACCAUCAGCAUAUUAUUAAGUUGGACCAUUCCCCAUGUGGAAACCACGUGAACAUUUUCCAUCGACAAGAUGAUAAUGAUGCGAGCGAGAGACGCCGGCGAACUGAGCAACAUAUGUCGUUAUAUGACAACGAUGCAGACAACCAAGAUAUUAAUUAUUUAUAAAAAUAUAAUA